AUGGAGAAGGGAAAUAAGUGGUGGAAUUCCUUAGAUGCCCCAGAUUCUGUUUUGUUCCCAUGGGAUUCAAAAUCUACUUAUAUCAGAUGUCCAUCUUUUUUUGAUAAACUUGCCAAACAGCCAGUUUCCCUGCAACCUAUUGAAAAUGCCCAUGUCUUGCUCUAUUUGGGAGACUGUGUCACAACAGACCAUAUAUCCCCUGCUGGAAGCAUCGCCAGGAGUAGCGCUGCUGCCAAGUAUCUGACAAAUAGAGGCCUUACACCUCGUGAAUUCAAUUCUUAUGGAGCCCGAAGAGGCAAUGAUGCUGUGAUGACAAGGGGCACUUUUGAAAAUAUCAAGCUUCAAAAUAAGUUUAUUGGAAAACCUGUCCCCAAAACACUUCAUUUUCCAUCAGGACAGACACUGGAUGUAUUUGAGGCUGCUGAAUUAUACCAGAAAGAAGGUAUUUCAUUGAUUAUUUUAGCAGGAAAGAAAUAUGGCUCUGGAAAUUCAAGAGACUGGGCUACCAAAGGACCAUAUUUGAUGGGUGUGAAAGCUGUUAUAGCUGAAAGUUAUGAAAAGAUUCACAAAGACCAUUUGAUUGGAAUUGGUAUCGCUCCACUGCAGUUUCUUCCAGGAGAAAGUGCCAGUUCCUUGGGCCUCUCUGUCAGAGAGCAGUUUUCUUUGUCAUUCCCUGAAGACCUAUCACCAGGAGUCACUUUAAACGUAAAGACAAGCACUGGAAAAGUAUUCAGCGUGAUUGCUUCAUUUGAAAAUGAUGUGACUAAAUAG